AUGUUAUCGAAAACGGAGAUACGCAUUCUGCAAUUACUCCCAGCUCAAUCAACGGAGGAUGACGAAUAUCCGAUCCAAUGCCAGACCCAGGUAGUUCCGCUGUCCGCUUCUGCCAAGUACGAGACCCUAUCCUACGUCUGGGGUGAUCAGAAAAACACAACAACCAUACGUGUCGAUGGCAACAAAGUUUCAAUCACCAAGACUCUAGAGGCUGCUCUGAAACGCCUACAGCUUCGAGACAGGAGCAGAUGCCUUUGGAUCGAUCAACUCUGCAUAAACCAGAGAGAUGAUAAAGAAAAGGCAAACCAAGUCCCUCUAAUGGGCCACAUAUACUCCAACACCACGCAGUGUCUCAUCUGGCUCGGAGAAGUCAGAUCAGACAUCAUGUUGUCUGACGCUGAAUCUGCUGUGGGAAUAAUCGGAUUUAUGAGCGAGUAUGGAAAAAGCCAAGAUUCAAAACCCCGCACGCCGCAGAGCCUACUUUCCGAGCGCACUCUCCAUGGGCCAAUGCAGGCAUUGAAGUCGAUCUCUUUAGGAAGCAAUCCUUGGUGGCAGCGAAUCUGGUCCCUUCAAGAAGCUGUCCUUCCUUCCAAGAGCUGCAUGCUCUGGGGCCCUUUAUCUGUCCCGUGGGAUACACUUGUUACUGCGGGCCUGACCUACCCGGUCCCCCCUGUUGACGACAUCAUCGAGCCAUACAGGGACGUUGUGGAUGGGAUGUUCGCCCAAACCACGGCAUUGGAUAUGGCAAAGAACGGGAGCCAUGGUCCGCUAGAUGUCAUCUUCCGCUGGAGCUUUCGCAAAGCAUCAAACCCACGUGACAAAGUCUACGGGCUUCUGGGGCUUUUUCCCAUGGGGACUCUGCAUCGGGUUGAGGCCUGCAACUACGGCUUGUCACCAGCCAGCGUCUACGCCAUGGCCACUGUGGACCUGAUUGAACACCAUCAAAGCCUGCAUCCUAUUGCACUGCGAUGCCUCAGGGGCCUGCCAGAUAGCACACCCGACAUUCCUGGCUGGGCUUUGGAUAUGGCAGCUAGCGAUUGCUUGUCUAUGGGCACCGUUGACGGCGAUGACGCUAUCUGGUGUGCGAUGCAUAACUACCACCCAUUUAAUGCCUGUGGGCGGACAACCAUUGACUGGACACGGUUUCAGUUUGACCAUACACGAAACUCGUUGACUUUGACCGGCUACAAGGUCGACACGAUUGCUCUAGCGUGCCCAAGGCCACAGAGCGACACGCCUGGCAACAGAGACAUUUCCUACUCGGAAAUAAUUCGUACGAUCAAAGCGUGGUAUGCGAUAGCAGAUAACUUUUAUGGUAGUCGACAUGGGCUUCAAGGGUCCAAAGGUCAAGAUCACUGGUCAGAUUCUUUCUGGAGGGCGUUACUAGGGGGUCUCAAACUAGACCCGGAAUACAUUCCAGAAGGCCGGGCCACAUCAGUCGACAUUAAAAUGAUGGAGGAUUUCGUACGGACCAGCAAGAAGAACGCAUCUUGCUACAGCCUAUUCGCUACCAUGUGUCACCGAACAAUGUAUCUGACUGAGGGGGGGUUGAUAGGAGUUGGUCCCCCUCACUUGGAUGCUGGCGAUGAAGUCUGGAUUCUACAUGGCGGCAAGGUGCCAUUUCUCCUCCGUCCAAGAGCUAAUGUUUCUGCAAACGACUUUUUCUUUGUCGGUUCGUUAUUUUAA